AUGAUUAUCGUUUUUAAUGAACAACGAAGAAUUGAUAAUGAUAUUUUGACGGAUACUUUUACCAAAAUGAUUAAGGAUACAAAAGCAUCUCUUUAUCAAGAAAUAUGUCACAUUAAAAACAAACUCGAGCAAACCAAAGACUCGAUCCGACAAAUCGAUCCAACCUUGCUAAAGGAGUCGUCACUUAGUCGCAAAUCAGAUCGUCGUGGUAAAUUAGAUCAAAUCAUAAAAAAGGUUUAUAAAGAUUCCAUCGAAGUAGCGUGCAAAUCACGUGACUUGGAGGAUCGAAGGUUUCGCCGUGAGUUAUUAGUUCUGGAAAAACUGGACGAAUGUCAGAAAAAUAAAGUUAUUUAUGAAAGCUUUUUAGAUAUUAUUCAACAUG